AUAAUAUCGUCACGUUGACUUGUUGAUGUUUAAGGAACUUUUUUAUGAUAAAUUGUAUCUAUGCUAUUCGUAUGAUAAUCAUAUUUUUCAUAGAUAAUCAUGCGCCUAAACUAUCUUCGAUGCUGAUGGUUCCGUCUUCUGAGUAUCUUCCGUUAAACGCUGAGACGCCCAUGACGCAAUCAUCAAUGCCUGUUAUCGUACAUGGGCGUAAUUCUGCCAUGUCUUCUGUUUCCUCCGGUAUGGGCGAAGCUCAUUCCUCAGAAGCUUCCAAGAUGGAACUCGGUCCGAGAUGGAACUCGCUAACGUCGAUCAGCAACUACAAUGCGCCAGUUGACAGCUUACCAACAACCGUUCCAUCAAUCUCAGUUAGCACAAACCAAUCCUCGAUUGUAGGUCACAUCUUAACAAGUUUAACAACCAAGCCCAGUUCGCCUGUCAUGGCAACAUCAAUAGCGCCGUCCGGAAACGUCCUUGAACCGAUUUAUUUUCAUGCUACUAAACAUGGAGCUAUUACAUAUCCUCUUCCUUUGAGUGACAAUAGCGACAUGCACGCUCAUACGUCUUCACAUAUGCCGAGGAGUCUCAAGAUCAACGAACAUAACAUUAAAUUCCUAGAGCCAGAAGCACUAAAGAACGUUGAAACCCAAAGCUCCACGUUAAACUACAUUCUCCCCGAAGAGCACAAGACCGGACUGAAGGAUAUUCAGACCUCCUUAGUAGACUACACGUUGCCCGUGAAAGUUAAACACCAUUGGUCUUUGCAGCAAUUCUCAGAACCAGAAACAUCUUCCGGCUAUGCUCCGCUGUCUCUAAACUCGAAGACAAAACGCGUUUUACCGAAUAUACCUAUCGCGCCCAUUUCUUGGCCAAUAGAAAUUAAAAAUGACGUUUCCACAAUGCUGCCAUUGAAAUCUAUAUUAACGUCCAACGCGGCGACAAAAAAUAAGUUAUUACUAGGCACACACAUAGCCUUACCUGUGGACACAGAAAGCAUACCAAACAGUCUGACUUCAAAUACACCCAAUGGUAUAUCUGGAAGCAUAACUGAAGGCAUAUCAACGAGCAUACCUGAUGGCAUGACGACGGACAUACCUGCGAGCAUACCAACUUUGAACUUUGGGCAAACUUUACACGUGAAACAAUUACGAUCAACUCAAGAGGCAAGAAAUCCAUGGUAUCCCACAGGUUUGGACGGGAUAAAUUACACCUUACAUACGGGUAAUCCCACCACGAAACUGAUAGAACCUGGGAUAGUGAAAACGAGUUUAACUUCGCUGAAAUUAACGCAACCGCAGGAUCCCGCAUUUACAAAAGUGAGUUCUCAAGGCAUGAUUCUGCGGUACGCGAUACUCAUAUCGCUCGAAAGCUUUCUUAAUGACGUAAUAUUGCUUUGGUCGUUUUUAUUAGCUUCGUGCUUGUCAGUUAUGAGCAAUCCUUUAUUUCUUUUCCUAUCUUGUCCUAUGUAUCUUCAUCUUCUUAUGUAUCACAUUUUCCUUUUUUAGCAUUUUACGAUUUUCUUCCAUUAUGUUUCACUUUGCACUAACAACAUCACCGUAUCAUGACAUCGUACAUUUCCGCGAGUAAAUCAAGUAAAUUGCAGUUUUUGCAAAUAUACUUUAUGCUUUCGGAAUAAA